AUGCAUAAACUUUGUAUUCGCUUAUAUGUAAAAACUUGUUGGUUAUUAGGUUUAAAUGCUAUACAGAUGCAUGAUGAAUUAACUGCUGCUUAUGGACAAGGUGUUGUUUCAUAUAGUACAGCUACUCAUUUGAUUGAUCGAUUUUCAAGUGGACGAGAGUCGUUGGAAGAUAAUCCUCGUAAUAGUCGUCCAAUAACCGUCAUUACUAAACAAAAUAUUGNUCCAUAUGAGAAAAUUCAUCGAAAUGAAAGACCAAUAAUCAGUAACAAUCAUCCUCACCGCACUCUACAUCCUUUCACACUCUAA